UCUUAAUGCUUUUCGGACUCCUGAUGGUAUGCCUGUAAAGAACUUGCAGUUGAAGGAGUAUAACACAGGGAACUCUAAUGAUCCAAGACAAAGAAGUUAACCUCGAGUAUGUACCAAGCCUGGAUUUUUGGUACUGCAAACGAUGUAAGGCAAGCAUUGGUGGGCACCGAUCUUCCUGUUCAUUCUGCAAGAACCCAAGGGAAGUGACAGAAGCCAAGCAAGAAUUAAUAACCUACCCUCAGCCCCAGAAAACAUCUAUACCAGCACCAUUGGAAAAACAACCCAACCAGCCCCUAAAACCUGCUGAUAAGGAACCUGAACCCAGGAAGAGGGAAGAAGGACAAGAGUCCCGCUUAGGACAUCAAAAGAGAGAAGCAGAAAGGUAUCUGCCUCCUCGAAGGGAAGGGGCAACUUUCCGAAGAGACCGAGAGAAAGAAUCAUGGUCUGGAGAGACACGCCAGGAUGGAGAGAGCAAAACCAUCAUGCUAAAGCGUAUCUAUCGUUCCACACCACCUGAGGUGAUAGUCGAAGUGCUGGAGCCCUAUGUCCGCCUUACUACUGCCAACGUUCGUAUCAUCAAGAACAGAACAGGCCCUAUGGGCCAUACCUAUGGCUUCAUUGACCUUGACUCCCAUGCGGAAGCUCUUCGUGUGGUGAAGAUCUUGCAGAACCUUGAUCCAUCAUUUAGUAUUGAUGGGAAGAUGGUGGCUGUAAACCUGGCCACUGGAAAACGAAGAAAUGAUUCUGGGGACCAUUCUGACCACAUGCAUUACUAUCAGGGUAAAAAAUAUUUCCGAGAUAGGAGGGGAGGUGGCAGAAAUUCAGACUGGUCUUCAGAUACAAAUCGACAAGGACAACAGUCAUCAUCUGACUGCUACAUAUAUGAUUCUGCUACUGGCUACUAUUAUGACCCCUUGGCAGGAACUUACUAUGACCCCAAUACCCAGCAAGAAGUCUAUGUGCCCCAGGAUCUUGGAUUACCUGAGGAAGAAGAGAUCAAGGAAAAAAAACCCACCAGUCAAGGAAAGUCAAGUAGUAAGAAGGAAAUGUCUAAAAGAGAUGGCAAGGAGAAGAAAGACAGAGGAGUGACAAGGUUUCAGGAAAAUGCCAGCGAAGGGAAGGCCCCUCCUGAAGAUGUCUUUAAGAAGUCCUUGCCUCCUACUGUGAAGAAGGAAGAGAGUCCCCCUCCACCUAAAGUGGUAAACCCACUGAUCGGCCUCUUGGGUGAAUAUGGAGGAGACAGUGACUAUGAGGAGGAAGAGGAGGAGGAACAGACCCCACCCCCACAGCCUCGAACAGCACAGCCCCAGAAGCGAGAGGAGCUAACAAAGAAGGAGAAUGAAGAAGACAAACUCACCGACUGGAAUAAACUGGCUUGUUUGCUCUGCAGAAGGCAGUUUCCCAAUAAAGAAGUUCUGAUCAAACACCAGCAGCUGUCAGACCUGCACAAGCAAAACCUGGAAAUCCACCGGAAGAUAAAACAAUCUGAGCAGGAGCUAGCCUAUCUGGAAAGGAGAGAACGAGAGGGAAAGUUUAAAGAAAGAGGAAAUGAUCGCAGGGAAAAGCUCCUGUCUUUUGACUGUCCAGAAAGAAAACGGAUUAAAUACUCCAGGGAAACUGACAGUGAUCGUAAACUUGUUGAUAAAGAAGAUAUUGAUACUAGCAGCAAAGGAAGCUGUGUCCAACAGGCCACUGGCUGGAGGAAAGGGGCAGGCCUGGGAUAUGGCAAUCCUGGAUUGGCUUCAUCAGAGGAGGCUGAAAGCCGGAUGAGGGGCCCCAAUGUUGGAGCCCCAGGAAGAACAAGCAAAAGACAGUCCAACGAGACUUACCGAGAUGCUGUUUGAAGAGUCAUGUUUGCUCGGUAUAAAGAACUUGAUUAAGAAUGGAGACAAGUUCUGUGAUAUACAACCUCCUUGUUUUGUUUGUCUCUCCUUUUCUUUUGUUACUGUUCUUGCUGCUAGAACUUUUUUAAAUAAACCUUUUUUCAAUGUGAAAAAAAAAAA